AUGGCCACGACCAUUUCAAUCGAGUCACCGAUUGGGAUCGAAAAGGUCCUGUUGGUCCUCGUCCUUCUUGGCCUGACUUUGGCCGUUUACAAACUCCUUCAUAAUGGUAAAGCCGAGCCAGUCACCCCUGUUUGUGACCCAUUCACCGACGACCUCCCACCUCUUGGCCACAGAGCAUUCAAGGCCUCUGAGCUUAUUCCUCGCCGUGAGCAAGAGAAUAUGAAACAGCAGAUCGACGCCCUCGAGCGAAACCGCCAGGCAGCUUUCACUCAAAUCGGAAAAGUCUACGCACGCCGCCUUCAGAUUGACAAAGCCCUCGAUAAGCUGGUUUACGACUUGAGCAAAGAGUUCGCUCCCGACAAUAUGGAACCGGUUCUUGGCAUGAAAAAGAAGAUCAGAGCCCUCUCUCGCGAAGUGGAACAAUGUUAUGGCAUAGUUGAUGACCUAUGCCACCAAAUGCAUCAAAUGAUGGUACAGCGACUCAAUCUGCGUCGUAAGAUUGAUCGUUUGGACUUGCAGAUGGAAUCCGCGAGACUGGCAGAGAUUAUGCAUCCACACAUAAUCCCGGUGGAGGCUUUGGGAGAUCAGGAACGGGAGAUCAAGAAGCGAAGAUGA